AAUAUAAUCCGGGAAUUGACAGCUGACGAAACAACGCUGUACUGUGUCUGUGGACUGUCGUCACUCUAGGAACCUGAAAAGUGAUGUCGGGAGAUCCAGCGAAAGGAGCCAAGAUAUUCAAGCAAAAGUGUUCGCAAUGUCACACAACGACUAAGGGUGGUAAGCACCUGACGGGUCCUAAUCUGAACGGCCUGUUUGGUAGAAAGACUGGACAAGCAAAGGGAUUUAGUUACACUCAAGCUAAUAUCAAUAAAGGCAUCACGUGGGGAGAAGACACUCUGUUUGAGUAUCUAGCCAAUCCCAAGAAGUUCAUUCCAGGAACAAAGAUGGUGUUUGCUGGGCUAAAGAAAGAGUCUGAAAGAAAAGAUUUGAUUGCUCAUUUGAAAGAGGCAACAAAGGCAGAUUAAGAUCAGACACUCAUAGUUGUCUUAGCACUGUGAGGUGUAAUAUUUUCUCAAUGUAGUCUUUUACCAUCUUGCAUGAAUCGUCUCUUGAAGUCUAACUAAAAAUAUCAUGUUAAUUAUGUAGCUAAA